UAUUCCUGUUCGGCUAAGUGUUGUUUAGUUAAAGAUUGAAGCCAUUUUACUAAUUUGAAUUGUAUUCUUAUAUCUGUACACGAAUCAUCAAAAAGUGUUAAAAAAUAAUUGUUGAAUGUUAUAUUUCUGCCACAGCAAUAAUUUCGUUCUUAUUACAGACUUUACAUGGAAAGUAUUAUUUUUCAUUUGUCUUGUUAAAGAUUGAAGCCAUUUUACUUAUUUGAAUUGCAUUCUGAUAUGUGCACACGAAUCAUCAAAAAGUGUUAUAAAUAAUUGUUUAAUCUUAUAUUUCUGAGAUUGAAAUAAUUUCGUUCUUCUUACAGACUUUAUAUGGAAAGUAUUAUUCUCUAUGUAUUGAGAGGAGACGGAAGCUUAACUUCAGUUGUUCAUGCAGCCAAAUUGAUUAGGGAUCAUUUAAGGCAAAGAACAAAAAUUAUAAUUGUUAUCUUGUGUUUCUUAAAUUCAGAGGAAGAUGUGCUUAUCAGUUGUGAAAGAAUCCGUCGUUCCAUUGCAAAAAAAUGUCAUCCAGAUGUAGUUGAAAUGUGGAUAUAUUUCGAAUCAAUUAUUACAGCCAAAACUGAUAUAGGAAAUUAUAAUUAUGUUGAAGAACUAAAUGCUUGGAGCCCUAUCAUAAGAAUUCAUGCAUUUUUGAGAAGCAGAAGAAAUGACAGACAAGAUUAUAUUGAUGGGGGUAUUCUUGCCCGCUUUAGAACUGCUGACAAUUUAGUUACACAGCGUACCGGAAAUUAUCGAGUGGACAGACCACGACGAGCAUCUAGACCAAUUAAAGAAGAACCUACAGAUGAAGAAGUUUCUAGAAAAUUGUCCAAAAAGAAUAAUUGCGCAGAAUGCUGUGAGGAUCAUAGAGUACUGGAGCGAAGAACUAAGAGAGCUCUUCAUGGACACGGAAAUCACGAUCCCUUAUGGCUACAAAAUGUAAACCAAUGCCCAUAUUGUAAAGAUAUGUGGGAUGAAAAUCAUCAGUUGAAAUUUGUUGACGUUGAACCUGAAUGGUGGUUUCUAUAGAUUACGACGAAAUGUUGUUGAAUAUUUUAUAACCGGCUUGGAAAACCGGUUUCUACAAUUAAGAAAAAUCAUUUUUUUACUGGAAGCAUCAUAUAUUGUUAAAUAAAUAGCACGUCAUUUAUUUUCCUAAA